GCGAGCAGAACCGGAAGAGGCUUUGGCACCACUUCCGGAUUACGGGUCUCCGCCCCUUCGUUCCCGGAAGUGGAGAGGAGCGGCGUUGCCAUGGCGGCGACCCUGGGGCAGGUGCUGGCUCUGGUGCUGGUGGCCGCUCUGUGGGGUGGCACACAGCCGCUGCUGAAGCGGGCCUCCUCGCACCUGCAGCAGGUUCAUGAGCGGACGUGGGCCCGGCAGUUGCUGCAGGAGACGAAGACCCUCUUCUUGAAUACUGAGUACCUGCUGCCCUUUUCCCUCAACCAGUGUGGCUCCCUUCUCUACUACCUCACCUUGGCAUCAACAGAUCUGACCCUAGCUGUGCCCAUCAGUAACUCUCUGGCCAUCAUCUUUACACUGAUUGUUGGGAAGGUCCUUGGAGAAGAUAUCGGUGGAAAACGAGCAUUCGCAGGCAUGGUGCUCACCGUGGCAGGAAUUACACUCUGCAUCACAAGCUCAGUGACCAAGACCCAGGGGCAACCAUCUACGCCUUGAGUGGACCAAGGCCACCCUCCGGCUCUGCUGUCUCCAGGAAGCCCCUGGGCCAUGAGGUAGAGGCAGUGAGCAUGCAGACUUAGCCCUCCCACCCCCUUCCACUCCCCAGCCUCAGCUUCCUCAUCUCUUGGGAUAAUAGCUACCUCAUGGAUCAUAAUAAGAGAACAAAAGUGAAAGCGUUUUGUAACUUCCACGUGCUGUUCACCUGCUGCUCGGAUUUAGCACAAGAGACUUCACACGCACCCUCACCCUCAGCAACCUUUCUGUCCCAGCAGCACACUUCCUGCUGUCAUGUCAGGCCCCAGGCCCCAGGCCUGCCACUGUUCCUGUGCCUGACCCAGACUAUCCCAGCAGCUGGUUGGUGGACCGCAGAACUCCAGCCGCAAGAAGAGAGCCAGCUACAGUCUUUGAGCCAGAAA